GUGCUCGCCUCGUCCCACGGUACAAGGAACUCUGCUUGGCUUUCGUUGCAGUUUGUUGAACAACGUCGGCUCGAUCGCCGCUCGGUGUGAUGUGACUUGUUGAUUUAUUAAAUCAGUGUUUUAGUGCUGUUGUCUGUGAUAAAAAUGACCUGAUGCAUGGAAUAUGUGUUUAAUGUUUUGCAAGUGUUCAGUGUAAAAUGGGUUUGAUUACAUCGCGAGAGCAAACAAUGUUGGACGGGCCGGCAGUAGGGCCGGCCAAGAGUCACCAUGUGCGGCAGGCGUCGACUAGGAACCGCACCAAGCCGCCGAUGCCAGACAGGGAUGAGCUGGAGAACCGUUUCGUUAAAGUUCUGGCCUCAAUGGACCUGCCACCCGACAAGGCGAAACUGCUCCGCAACUACGACUUGGAGAAGAAAUGGGAGAUCAUCUGCGACCAGGACAUGGUACAGGCCAAGGAUUCGCCCACGCACUACCUCAACAAGCUCAGGACGUACCUCGACCCGAAGGCCUCCAGGAGUCACAGGAAGCGAAAAAUGGUCGGUGACUCCACAUCCACACAAGUUCUUAGAGAUUUGGAAAUAUCACUCCGAACCAAUCACAUAGAAUGGGUUCGGGAGUUCCUGAACGAACAGAACCAGGGUUUGGACGUGCUGAUCGACUACCUCAGCUUCCGGCUCAGCAUGAUGCGGCACGAGCAGAGGAUAGCUCUCGCUCGGAGCCAGUCCAGCGACGGGAUCAACCAAGGUGCAAACACAACGACCUCCGACUGCAGCGCGCCGACCGACAACAGCUCCACGCUGAACGCGUCGUGGCGGCGGCGCGCGCGCUCCACCGACGCCGAGUGCGAGGGCGCCGCCAGCCCGGCCGUCGCGCGCCGCCGCACGAGGCAUGCCGCGCGCCUCAACAUGGGCGCCUCCACCGACGAUAUACACGUGUGCAUCAUGUGCAUGCGGGCUAUCAUGAACAAUAAGUACGGCUUCAACAUGGUAAUCCAGCACCGGGAAGCCAUCAACAGCAUAGCUCUCUCCCUGGUCCACCAUUCGCUACGCACCAAAGCGCUAGUGCUGGAACUCCUGGCCGCCAUAUGCCUCGUGAAAGGUGGACACCAGAUCAUAUUGUCGGCGUUCGACAACUUCAAAGAAAUAGCCGGCGAGCCGAGGAGGUUCCACACUUUGAUGGACUACUUUAUGAACUACGAACACUUCCAUAUUGAAUUUAUGGUGGCGUGCAUGCAGUUCGUGAACAUCAUAGUGCACUCGGUGGAGGACAUGAACUUUAGAGUGCACUUACAAUACGAGUUCACCUCGCUCAAGCUAGACGACUAUUUGGAAAGGCUACGGAUGUGCGAGAGCGAGGAUCUGCAGGUCCAAAUAUCGGCGUACCUCGACAACGUUUUUGACGUUGCGGCCCUUAUGGAAGACAGCGAGACCAAAACGGCGGCGCUUGAAAAGGUCAACGAACUGGAGGAUGAGUUGGGACACGCCCACGAGCGCCUGGCAGCGCUCGAGCGCGAGGCGAUAGCGAAAUUGGCCACGCUAGAAUCGGAACUGGCCAGCGUACGCCAGGAGCGCGACCAGCUGGCCGAGGCGCGCCGGCAAGUAGUGGAAGAGGUGUCAACGCUAAGACGGGCGCAACAGGACUCUAGAAACAGGCAGUCCAUGCUGGAGUCCAAGGUUCAGGAGCUGGAAUCCUUGACCAAGUCACUGCCCAGAGGAGCGUCCAUGGGCGCCAUUUCUUCCCACGCCCUCUGCAACGGUACCAACGGCACCAGCGGAACCACAAACGGCACCCACACCCCCAACGGCCCCUCUUCCCCCCUCCCGAACGGCUUCACCAAGCCCGUCCCCCCUCCCCCCGCCCCUAAACCCCCUCCAGCCCCCGUAGCACCCCCCCCACCUCCGCCACCCCCCCUAGUACCGUUUGCUCCACCACCCCCACCUGCACCUGGGUUAAUGAUGCCCCCGCAACAUACGGACGCCAUGACGAUAAAGAGGAAGGUGGACACCAAGUAUAAGCUGCCUACGUUAAACUGGAUAGCUUUGAAGCCUAACCAGGUUCGAGGCACAAUAUUCAACGAGCUAGACGAAGAGCGGCCUAGAAACAGGAUAAACUUCGCAGAGUUCGAGGAGAAAUUCCGCAUCGGCGGCCCCUGCGGCCUCGGAGUGGACUCCUGCGACAACGACACGCUGGCGUCCUUCCCGAGCAAGAGGUUCAGGAGGCCUGACACUGUGUCGCUGCUGGAACACACGCGGUUAAGGAACAUAGCAAUAUCCCGAAGAAAACUCGACAUACCCGUCGAGAAAGUAAUCCUAGCGGUCAACAACCUCGACCUCAAACAACUCCCCCUAGAAAGCGUCGAAAUCCUCCAACGGAUGGUGCCUACCGAAGCCGAACAGAAGGCCUACAAAGAAUACUUAGCUGAGAAGAAAAAUAUCAGUUUAUUAACCGAGGAAGAUAAAUUCCUAAUGCAACUAGCGAAAGUAGAAAGGAUUUCCGCUAAAUUGUCCAUAAUGAGUUACAUGGGAAAUUUCUUCGAUAACAUCCAUCUAAUAACGCCUCAAAUCCAUGCGAUAAUCUCAGGGUCAUCCUCAGUCAAAUCCUCACAGAAACUAAGAAAUGUCCUGGAGAUUAUCCUCGCUUUUGGUAACUACUUGAACAGUAGCAAGCGAGGCCCGGCCUACGGGUUCAAGUUGCAGUCUUUGGACACGCUCAUGGAUACGAAGUCUACGGAUAAGAGGGUAUCGUUGCUGCAUUAUAUUGUGGGGACCAUUAGGCAGAACUUCCCGGAGCUGAUGAGCUUUGAUUCAGAGUUGAUGUAUAUUGACAAGGCUGCUCAAGUGUCCCUGGAGAACGUGGUGUCGGACGUGUCGGAGCUGGAGCGCGGCAUGGAGGCCGUGCGGCGCGAGUGCGAGGCGCGCGAGGCGCACCGCGCCGCCGCGCCGCACGUGCGCGACUUCCUCAACAACGCGCACGACAAGCUGCGCCGCACGCGCACAGAGGCCAAGCUGGCGCAGGACGCGUUUGCGGCGUGCGUGGAGUACUUCGGCGAGGCGCCGCGCGGCGUCGACGCGAACGCUUUCUUCUCGCUGCUCGUGCGAUUCACGAGGGCGUUCAAGCAAGCGGACACAGAGAACGAACAACGCCGGCGGCUAGAACAAGCCGCCCAACAAGCCGACUACGUGGACCCUGCCAAGACCAGGCAGGCGCAGAAGAAACAACAGGAGGCUGUAAUCAACGAACUGAAAACGAAAUCGCAAGCCGUCGGGGAGAAGAAACUUCUACACCAAGACGAAGUAUACAACGGGGCGUUAGAAGACAUUCUACACGGGCUUCGAAGCGAGCCCUACAGGCGGGCAGACGCCGUGCGAAGGUCGCACCGGCGGCGCAUCAACUCGCACAGACUCUCUAAAGGACUAGAGGAACUAGACGUAUGAUACGAACCAACCUCCAGUCAACAACUGGAAAACGCCUCUGUCCUAGACGCUGUCAGAUCUAUAAACGCGCGCUGCGACGAUAA